GUCGAAUCACAACACACUGCAGUUCGCUUCAUCCUUGUUUGUGGGAAGCAUCCGAGAGAAGAUUUCGUUCCGAUCGCACGUGUAAAAGGUGCUCCCUGUUGGCACUUUUUUUAUUCUGUUGAAACCAUGGAAGUUGCUCCACAGAUGAUUGAGAAUAUCAAGCUGGAAGACGGGACCAACGCUGUCGAGGAUGAUGACUUCGUUGACCCGUGGACAGUUUCGAGCAAAUCCAAUGCUGGAGUCGAUUACGAUAAAUUGAUUAAACGUUUCGGAUCCUCCCACAUCGACGGCGACCUGAUCGAGCGCCUGGAAAAAGUGGCAGGAAAACCGGUUCACCCGCUGAUCCGGAGGGGGAUCUUCUUCUCCCAUCGCGAUCUGCACACGCUUUUGAACAUGGUCGAAGCGGGGAAGAAGUUUUAUCUCUACACGGGUCGGGGGCCAUCGUCCGAGUCAAUGCACCUGGGACAUCUCGUGCCGUUCAUCGUCACCAAGUGGCUACAAGAAACGUUUGACGUCCCGUUGGUGAUUCAAUUGACAGACGAUGAGAAGACCCUCUGGAAGGAUCUUACCGUGGAGCAAUCGAUGAGGAUGGCCCGAGAAAACGCAAAGGACAUCAUCGCCAUUGGUUUUGAUGUGAAUAAGACGUUUAUCUUUGCAAACCUCGACUACAUGGGUCGUUGCUCGGCUUUCUAUCAGAACAUCAUUAGAAUACAAAAAUGUGUUACCUUCAAUCAGGUGAAAGGUAUUUUCGGUUUUGGCGAUUCGGAUGUUAUUGGAAAAAUUGGUUUCCCAGCAGCCCAAGCGGCACCCGCCUUUUCUACGACGUUUCCGUUCAUAUUCGGAAACGACAAGCUUCCAGUCCUGAUUCCUUGUGCAAUCGAUCAAGAUCCAUACUUCCGAAUGACUCGGGAUGUUUCCCCAAGAUUAGGAUUUCCGAAACCAGCGCUGAUUCAUUCCAGCUUCUUCCCGGCAUUGCAAGGUGCGAAAACUAAAAUGUCUGCAAGUGAAGACAAUUCCGCAAUUUUCCUAACCGACACCCCUAAGCAGAUCAAGACUAAGAUCAACAAGCAUGCAUUUUCUGGUGGCAGACCAACCUUAGAGGAACAUCGUGAACUAGGUGGAAACACAGAUACGGACGUGAGCUUUCAGCUGCUGCGGUUUUUCCUUUAUGAUGAUGAUGAACUGGAACGUAUUCGCGUGGCGUAUUCUACUGGUGAACUGCUUAGCGGUGAAAUCAAGAAGAUUGCUAUCGAAACCCUACAGCCCAUCGUUGCCGAUCAUCAAACUAAGCGAAAGGAAGUUACUGACGAAAUUCUGGACCAGUUUAUGACCCUUAGACCUCUCAACUAUCAAAUCGGCUCCUCACAGAAGAAAAAGUAACAGAAGCCAACGUUCACAGAGGUCAACCUUACGUACUUCACAAUGGCGGACAAACUGGCACUUAUGUUGAGUUUAGAUUGCAGAUUUCUAGCAUGCUGUACGUCCAUCUAGGUAAUUACGAAAAUUACCACUAACAAGUUAGAUAUCUGUGGUAUAACUGAGGUAUUACUACUAUAUCGGCUGCAUUACACUUGCGAGUCGUUUGUUAUUUAUUAGCUAUUUAUAUGCGAUCUAACACCUGCGAACUGCGAUAAUUUCUAUUCACUGAAAAGCUACUAUAAAGAAUAAUAACGUAAAUAAGAUCGUUUUCGUUAAAUAUCCAGAAAUUCAUUUGUUUGACACAAAAGGCCACACAAAAUCCCCAAACUCAAACAUUGAAUCAGUUUCUGAAAAAAAAAUAUCAUGUUCGAAAGUUUGGGGUCAUCUGCGACAUCAAAUAAUUUUGAUUUAUUUUUCGCUGUUUUUCAACCAUUUAUUAAGUGAACUUUUAACAUUUUUUAGUUUAAAUCAAGGAAAAUCAUGAAUGGAAGUUUUGUAUCCUACAUAUAAAAAUAGCUACAGUUUAAGUUUCUCCUCGUUUAAUGUGAUGAAAUUAAUAAAUCAAAUAUUUAUUGAAUUUUGAA